AUGUACAUUCUUUCCUAUGUGUCAAAUUCACAUGGUAUCAUGUCAUCGGAAAAUAGUUUAAACCUUGGUGAACCUUUGGAGCAUAUUAAUAAUCGGUCCGCAUCUGGAUCCGGAUCCGAAUCUAAUGAUAAUGAUGAAAACGAUUCCAUCCCUAAACAUUUACAUGAUAUUAAUAAUCCAUUGUUACAAUCUCCGAUUCCUAUCAUUCAAAAUAUUCCGCAGGGGCACAAUCGAAGAACUUCUCAAAGUGACAGGGUUUAUCAACAAAUACGGCAACGACAAGUUUCAACUAAUCAAAUCAGCAUUCGUCCUUACAUGCCUGCCGUAUGCCUAAGACAAGUUAGGAUUAGACAACUUUCUGCUAUUGGAAGUAACUUGAUGCAACCUCCUUCUCAACAACAGCAAACGGCAAUCGUUCCUACCGUUUGUGAUUUACCCGAUUUAAUCAAUGCACAAAAAUUUGAUGAUAUUUUCCCCAAAAAUUCUUAUGACUUUGGCGGAAAUGAUAUGUUUGGCAACUUUUGA